CUCAUCACAGAACUUUUGCGCCCGCUAACUCUUAAAUACCCCACGCCUCGAACAGCUCCGGGUUCAUGAACAUCCUACCCCAAACCCUCCUGCGCGCUACACGACACACACUCCCACGAACCCUUUCGAAUCUGCCAAAGUACACGCGCAAAAGACUCUGGAAACCCCUCGCCCACCGCGCCUAUACUACCCCGCCAAAGCGCGCAUACAUCAACAUGGCACACGCCAACGCCGAUGAGCUGGCCACCAGCCUGCAAUCCCUCGGACUGAAGGGCUCGCUCGAUGCCUACCCGAAUUGCUACCCGGAGAUCAACCCGGUCGAUAUCUACAGGGCGCACAUCACGUCCAUCCUGUCCGAGAUCACUGGCGUGGACCGUUCGAUAGUGUACCCCUCGCUGCAGUGGACGCAAACACUUGAGAAGGGUGAUAUGGUUCUGCCCGUCGCCGCGCUGCGUGUGAAGGGCAAAAAGCCGAAUGAGCUUGCUGAGGAGUGGGCGGCAAAGUUUGAGGAGACGGCACUGGUGCAGAAGCCUGUUGCGGGAGGCCCGUUCCUGCAGUUCUACUUCAAGGUCGACAAGCUGGCGCAGAUCCUGCUGCCGACGAUUCUCAAGAGCCAAAAGACGUUUGGUAGCAACCCGAACAAUGGGCUGAAGGACCCGGCGGACCCGUCGAAGGGAAAGAAGAAGAUUAUCGUGGAGUUCUCGUCGCCGAAUAUUGCGAAGCCUUUCCAUGCUGGACAUCUCCGAAGCACAAUCAUCGGUGGCUUCCUCUCGAACCUAUACGAAAGCGCGGGUUGGGAUGUUGUCCGUAUAAACUAUCUUGGAGACUGGGGCAAGCAGUACGGAUUACUGGCCCUCGGAUUUGAGAAGUACGGUAACGAGGAAGCGCUGAAGGCGGAUCCUAUUAACCACCUUUACGAGAUCUACGUUAAGAUCAACACGGAUAUGACAAAGGAGAAGGACGAGAUUAAGGCGCUUGAGGAGGCCGGCAAGAAGGACGAGGCACAGAAGAUCAAAGAUACCGGCAUUGAUGAGCAGGCUCGCAAAUACUUCAAGGCCAUGACUGACAACGACGAGAAGGCUAUUGCACAAUGGGCCCGCUUCCGUGAGCUCAGCAUCAAGAGGUACAAGGAGACGUACGCUAGGUUGAACAUCCACUUCGACGACUACUCGGGAGAGUCUCAGGUUAAGGAGGAGCGCAUGGCCCAGACGGGCAAGAAGAUGGAGGAGAUGGGCAUUGCUGAGGAGUCGGAGGGAGCUGUCAUCGUGGACUUCGCGAAGCACGUGCCUGGAAAGGCUGGCAAGGCGUUGGAGCGACCUGUUAUCAAGAAGAAGGACGGCACAGCGCUGUACCUCACCCGUGAUAUCAGUGAGAUCCAGCAGCGUGUCGAUAAAUACAACUUCGACCACAUGAUCUACGUCGUCGCGUCGGCGCAGGACCUGCAUCUCAAGCAGCUCUUCAAGAUUAUCGAGCUGAUGGGCUACAAGGAGCUCGCCGCCAAGGUGCAGCACAUCAACUUCGGCCUGGUCCUCGGCAUGAGCACCCGCCGUGGUACCGUGAAGUUCCUCGACGACAUCCUCCGCGACGUCGGCGACAAGAUGCACGAAGUCAUGCGCAAGAACGAGGCCAAGUACGAGCAAGUGGCCGACCCCGAGGCCGUCGCCGAUAUCCUUGGUAUCUCCUCCGUCAUGGUCCAGGACAUGUCCGGAAAGCGUAUCAACAACUACACCUUCAACAUGGAGGCCAUGACCUCCUUCGAGGGUGACACCGGCCCAUACCUCCAGUACGCGCACGCCCGUCUCUGCUCUAUCACCCGCAAGGCGGCGCUGAGCCCCGAGGAGAUUGCCGGCGCGGACCUGUCGCUGCUGACGGAGCCGCACGCGCAGAACCUCAUCCGUGUCAUCUCCCAGUACCCAGAUGUCGUUAACAACACGCUGAGGACGCUGGAGCCGACGACGGUUCUGACGUACCUGUUCAAGAUGACGCACACUCUCAGCUCGAGUUACGAUCACCUCCGCAUUGUUGGCUCGGAGGCGGAGCUGAUGAAGGCGAGGAUGGCGCUGUAUGAUUCGGCGAGGGUUGUGCUGAACAAUGGAAUGAGGCUGCUGGGAUUGAGCCCUGUGGAGCGCAUGUAAAUGAUGCAAUGACACAGUGAGUUUAAAAUAUAGCUAGUUUUGGAGGAAAGGCUUUGAGGGCUUUCUAAAAGCUAUGUCACCCAGUACACGUUAUUGUAGACAAGUGUACUGGAAGCCGUGACCGGGGAAAGAGGGCGGUCCAAGGGACGCCAUUCGACAUAAAAAGCAUUUGUAAUAAGGAAAAUCAGACUUCACAAUUGUUAGAGUACCCAUCUGCAUUAUUCAUGAACAAUUUCAGCAUACACUCGACAGUCUAGUUAUAAAUACAACCGUCCCCUGCUGGCCC